CCCCGCCCGACAGCCUCCGCCGGGACAGCGCCCGCGCUCCCUCCAGCCUGUGCAGCAGCCCUGGCCUCGGCUCCGGCUCCCUCCCGCCCGACAGCCUGCAAGCCUUCCCCGGCCUCGGCAGCCCUCUCGAGUCGCCCAGCAUCCAGUGUGACAGCCUGGAGUGUCCCUGCUGCUGCUGCGGGAGCGUGGCGUCGGGCAGCGGCUGCCCGGACAGCCUGCAGGCCCCUCUCGCCCUUGGUAACGGCCGGCGGUGCUUUGGGGCGCACCACAGCAACCCCCAAACACACAGCGACCUCUCCGACAGCCUGGAGUCCUUCGGUGUCCAGCACGACAGCCUCCAGUCGCUUUCCAGCCUGUGUGAGAGUUUCAGCUCCUCCAGCAUCGAGGGUGACAGCCUUGAAUCCCUUUCCAGCCUGAGCGGCGGGUCAACCAGCCAGCACAGCGGCCUUGAGUUUACCAGCCAGUGAGGCUGCCUUCAUCUUCCACACAAUGCUCUAGGCCUGGUUCACUUCCAGCUGCUGCGAGAGCGUCCAGGCUUCUGCCCUUCAUUCAGCAGGCUGCGUUGUUCCAGUUGAUUCUUGCUGCAUCCACUGCAAUAGCUUCAAAUACUCACUGUCUGUGGCUGCAUUUCCCAAGUUACGUGCUUCAGAGAGGCAGCGCUCGUUAUUACCUGCAUUGUUAACGCUGAUUUUUUUGUCGUCGGUUAAGAAUGGAGGUACGUGGUCCUCGGAGGAAUCCCAGCUACCUCUCUGAUCUCUAUCAGAACAUGUUACGGGCUGGAGAAGCACCGCAACAAGGGCAGCAGCAGCUCCCAGCAGCCCGUACCAGCAGCUGCAUGGCUCUUCGGAGCAGUUCCCCAGCCAAGGGGGGCCCCCAGCCAAAUAACCUUCAGAGUAGCACAUCCUCCAGCUGUGAUCCAGCGUUACGGCCUAUCAUACGCCGCCGAGCAAGAUCUUUGCCUACAUCACCCGAAAGAAGGAAGCGGGCAGCAGUGCAGUGUCAAGUUCCUGGAUGCCAGAGUCGCAUGAACAGGGUGAGAUUUGCUGAUGCUUUGGGCUUGGACCUCACCGAAGUGAAAGUCUUCCAGACUGGGGAGGAUCCAUCGAUCCCCCUGCAUGUCCUUUCCAGGCUCUCCAUAAACUCAGACCUCUGGUACAGCAGAUCAGACUUGGAGUUUACCAUGCAGUGCUUGGUCCCUGACUUCCAGCAGCCUGCAGACUGUAUGGAUUUCUCCUCUCGACUUCAGGAGCAGCAGGUGUGUCUUGAACGAGUGACCAGCUCAGAUCUGGGGCUCAGUGGCACCAUCCACGUUUGCAAUGUUGCUUUUGAGAAGCGGGUAUCUGUGCGAUACACCUUCAACCAGUGGAAGAGCCUCCAUGAAGUUUGUGCUCAUUGGCACAGGAGCAUUUCUGAGAAAAAUGGGCAGGAUCAGGUUGAUGUUUUCACUUUCUUUCUCCCUGUGCCUCCUUUCCUCCUUCAGCUGUGCUCUGUAGUCCAGUUUGCAGCAAGGUACCAAGUCAACGGCCAGGAGUAUUGGGAUAACAACAAAGGCAAAAACUACAGCCUUACUUGCCGGACUCACCCCCUGAAGAUGCCAAGAGAAUGUGAAGAGAGCUGGAUCCACUUCAUCUGAGCAAGGAAAUGGAUGCAGAGCAGCCUGUCCGUAGCCUGGGUGACACUCUUCCUUGGCAUGGCUCUCUGCUCCUAUGGCAACAGUCUCCUUUUUGAAACCUGGCAAAGUGUUCCAGGGCAGGGAAGUAGGCAAUGACCUGUACAAACUGUUCUAAACCUCUCAAGAAAGUAAAAAGGGCCAAAAUGUGUAUUGAGUUACAUUCGUUGGAAGCCCAAGUGACUUCUUGUGUGUGAGUCGGUGCAGGAUGGUUUUAGGGGAUGCUGUCAAGACUAUCAGAGAGUGAAAAAAGACACUUCAUGUUGCUAGUAAUAUUCUAGGUUGUUCUAGGACGUUUCUAUCUGAUCUAUUUUACCAUUUUUUACUGUCUGUUUUCUAAAUGGGCAGUGUGGCUUUUCUGGUUUUGGUUCUAAUUUUGUUUAUCUCACCAAGUCUGGGCACUAUUCCAUUUAUGCAUAAUUUGGAUGGCGGACACUGUAGGGAAGUACUUGUAUUUAUUUUUAUAUAUUAUUAAGACCCUAACCAUGUUAAAUAUUUCCAUUAAUAUUUGUGUGGGAAAUUUGGGACAUUUUCUUCCAUCGGCAAAAACACUGAAUUACUUCUCAGCACGCUGUUAAAAACCCCUCUCUUAUGAGACUGGUAUUUGACACCAGUUUACAAUGAAUGUUGCUGGAGCCCAAUGCAGUACUUGGCUUACAGGCAGAAAGAUGCCGUUGCCAUCUUCUGGGAGAGACUCUGGUGUGCCAGCAAAUGUCAAAUCUGAGUGUUAGUGCAGGCAGGGACAAAUGACAUACAGCUGGGGCUGUCACAUUAAAGGUUAGUGUCAUGUGUACUGUGGUACAAGAAAGAGCUGAGAAAUUAAUGUCUCAGCCUGUAUUGUCUUCCUUCUGCAAACUCUCAGGGUAUUUGCAUGUGCAAAAUCUUGAAUACUGAAGUUUCAAGAUUUCAAAUUCCAAGUUUGCCUUUUGCCUCUUUGCUUGUCUUGCACUGCUGGAGAAGAAUUGACAGUAGCUCUUAGUAAACCAGUUGUCUGGCAUUGCUGACUGUGACUUGAGACCUGUAACAGAACCGAGAGGAUCUCUGGAUUAAGCUGUUAAACUUUCUCACGAUUACUGGCACCUGUCACAUGAAAGAUGAAAUUUGCACUGAUGUUUUCCUGUCACAUUCAGUAGUGAACAUGAAAAGGAUUCUAGUUGAUAAAAAAGGGAUUAUGCCAUUAAGUAGUGGUAAUACAUAUCUGUUGUGAAGGUAAAUUUAUGAUCACCCUUACCAAUUCUCAGGACGAUUUGACUGCUUUGCACUGUGUUGAACACUUCCCUUCUAAUGAGCAUUUUGUAGAAGUGAAUUCUUCACAAGGGUUAUUGCCAUAUAUUGCACUUUUAAAAACCUAUAUUUAUUAUAAUCGUACAAUAAAUAAAUGUCUCAUAAUCUACCAUUUCAAGGCUCUUUCAAGUGUGUUUUUUAAAAAAACAUAUGGAGUCCAUGUAAAUGAAAAGGAGUUGUCUUUCCUGGUUAAAUGUCUUGUCCAGAAUUAAAUAUAUUACACAGUAUAUCAAUAAAGCACUUAUGCUAGACAAAAGGUCAUUUUGUUUUAGUGGAAAGUUGUACAAUUACAAAGUGCUAAAUUAAUUUUUAAAACAAUAAUAAAACUAUGCCUAUUGCAAUACAAAAUAUUGUAAUAAAAGCUUUUCACAGUU